GCCAUUUUUGGAAGGUCGCGCUCUUCCCGCGGCCUUCCUCGCGAGACUUCCCAAAGCGGCUCCCGCCCUGCCGCGCGCCGCUGUUCCUGGCCACCCCUUCUCUUCUCUCCCCCCCCCCCUCCCCGCUCCGCCUCAGUGUCAGUUGUUGGCCGGUAAUGGCGCCGGGAUGGCGGCAUUGCUGCGGCCGCUGAAGCGACGGGCCGGAGCCUCCGUCGCUGCCUCUGUUUACCUCAGCGUUCGACGACCCCGGCGCCUUACGGGAUGAGCCGGGCGCCUCCGCCGCCGCCCGGAAGGAGGAGGAAAGAACGGAGGCGACGCUAGGACAGGUGAACUGGCAAGAUGUGGAGCAACAAACAAAAUGAGGUGCCUUUACAAAAUCCAAGGUCCUCCCUCAACAGGGAUUCCAUCAGAGACUUAACUACAGCGUGGGAUGCUUUUUCACAGACUAAAGCAGCGCUGCGACACAUUGAAAACAAGUUGGAAGUAGCUCCUACCAGCACAGCUGUGCUAGAUUCCGUCAUGGAUGCCAAGAAGCCAUCUGCCAGUACAACCAGGAAAAUAAGUAGAAAAGCCUGCAGGUCUUCCAGUCAAAAAAAGGAGAGGUCUCCCCGCUGCCCUCUACGUGCUACCACUUUGGAUAGUAAUGUAAAAAAGAGUGGACAUGUUGAAUUCCGUGAGCCCCUUGCUUCAUUUAGGGACACACAGUGGUCCCCGUCAUAUAAAACCUCUUGCCAGUUGGAGGAGAUGUGUUUGAAGCUCGAAGCAGGGAAGAAGACUGAAGAAAUGAGUCAUGUGGCCUAUGAAAAAGAUGAACCAGAUUUGCAAAAUGGAGAUUUCAGAAGCCCAUCUUCUGCAGAUGAAACUUUUGUUCGAUAUUUGAAUGACCGACCAGCAAUCAAUGCCUUGCAGAACUCAGAUUCUUUCUUUAAAGCUGUAAGUCCUCCUACAAGAUCAGAGGAGGAAAAGACGGAGGGAUCUAGGGAUGAGUACAUUAAAACGUCUCUUAGUACCACAGUCCCAGAUACUGAAUCGAAAGACCCACAGUUGGCUGAAUCUUCAGCUUCCACUGUGAGUACCUCCAGUGCCCACAGACUAGACAUCUUAAAGCGUCACCAGCAUGAUGCUAAGCUGGAAAAACUGAAGGAGCGGAUUAGAAAGCAGUGGGAAUUUCAAGAAGAAGUGAAUUGUAGAGGAAAGUUUCGGGACUAUGUUGAUCAACCAGUAAUCAUUGGAGCAGCAGAAAAUACAGUAACCCCUAAAGUCAGAAAAGUGGCAGCUGCACCUCCUGCUCCCUCAUAUAAAGGUUUCAAUCCAUCAGAAGCCAAGAUUCGUACUCCUGAUGGAAAAGUGUGGCGUGAAGAAGAAUUUCUGAAUCUCAGCAGAGAGCUAUGCCGAGACUUAGCACUCCAGUUAGAAGAAGAUGAUUCUGCUGUGAAAGACAUACCUGCUGAAAAAAGUAAGGAGCGAAAAGCAACCAAAACAGUGCGUAAAGUCCAAAAAGUGACAGAGCUACCAGGUGUUGACUCCAAGCCAGGAAGUAUGAGCAUAAUAAAUGUGUCAUCCUGGCGGGAGGGACAAAGAUUGGCAAAGAAGGUUCUGGGUCCACCACCUAAACUUCAGCAACGAGAUAAACAGUCAUCUUCUGCUGAUAGAACUGGGAGGGAUAGGUCCAUUAAAUCUGCAACUCACUUUGUGAAGACAGAAUCUGAUGCCAUGCGGGAUGUAGUCAUAAAACCCUGCUCAAAAAGUCCUAAGCGAUCCCAGAGUAAAACGAGAAGGGAGACUAGCUUGAGGAAGAGAGGUGCUGCUCUUAAGAACACUAAACAGAAGGAAGACCACGUAAAUAAGGACUUCUUGCCAGUGGAGAUCCAGGGGAUUCUUGAUGACCUACAGCUGGAUUCUGUGGCUCAGCAUACCAAGCAAAGGAUGGAUGAAGAACAUCAAAGUUCAGAAGUGCCUGCUGCAUUUACUAGGAGCCACAGCCCAACCAAGAGAAAACCAGACAGACUGGGUCCCAACGAAGAGCCUCAAGUCACUUCUAAGAAGCGCCAUUAUGAUACGGAUGAGGUUCGGCAGUAUAUUAUUAAACAGCAAGAAGAGAGGAAGAAGAAGCAGAGUGAACAGAAGAAAGCGCAGAAGGAGGCAACAGAACAGAGAAACAAGAGACUUCAGGAACUGUACAAGAAACAGAGAGAAGCUCUUGCUAAUAAGCCAAAGAGUGCAUCGGCUCCUGAGCUAGUGUCCAAGCAACUACAAGAGACUUACACCAAGUUGUUCCUAGAUCAAGCCUUGCUGGAGGAGCCACAGCUCCCCCUCAGACAGGAUGCACAGCCCAAACCUGGGUAUCAGCCAUCUGGAGAAUCUGACAAAGAAAACAAGGCUCAGGAACGUCCACCUAGUGCUUCUUCCAGUAGCGAUAUGUCUCUGUCUGAGCCUCAUCAUACUCUUGCUAGGAAUAAUUUGUUGGAUCCUGUAUGGAUUCAUCCAGAUAGGCUGAGUUCCAAAUCCCAGCCACCUUGUCCACAACCUUCUGCUGUCUUGAGUGGAGGCCUCUUUUCCCAACUCCUGUCUCUAGACCACAUGAGUGUCUUACAAAAGGAUUUUGACUCUGUGUUAUCAACUAGGAGGAGCCACGUCCCAGCUAUGGGAUCCACGCCUCUGGCAUCUCAGCCAGUCAUUCCAUCUACUAUUCAGCCCACCAUCAAUCAGUAUAAAAGUAAACUGGACCGCAUUGAAGCCCUGAAAGCGACAGCAGCUUCUUUGUCAAGCAGAAUUGAAAGCGAAGCCAAGAAGUUAGCUGGGACUGGCAUUGAUUAUGGAGCAGUUUGGAACUCUGGGCAUGACUUGGUGCAAGGAAGUCAGGGUGAAAGCAACUGGGCGAAGGCCAGCAGUCCCCCUGUGAGAGAAGAGAAUGACAUUUUCUCAGCCAGGCUUCAGGAAAUGUUGAGUACCUGCGUGUGUCAAACAACUUUUGAUGACAACCUUCCUGGAAUGGGAAAUCUUAGUGAGUUUAAAAAACUCCCAGAGACCAUCAGCCCUCACACUGCUGCUCUUGGUCUUCCAUGCAAACAGAAAUCUGAAGGAAUAGUAGGAAGCCUAUCCAAGAAGCCAAGUGGCUUUCCUAAGGCUGAAAGUAAAGUUGUAGCUCUGAAUGACUGUAGCACAGAUUCGAUAAGUGAGGGACCUCUCAGUGAUCAUCUCCUGUCUGAGGAGGAGGGAGACGCACGUGAGCACUUGCUUCUGAAGACAGCUGAGAUGUUGAAGGAAAAAGAGUUCUGUGCUGCAGACAGAACUGGCUACGAGCCCAUAGAGCAAUUCCAGAAAGAAGCAGAAAAGUACCUGCCCAUUUCCAUGCAGACGAGUGUUUCAAGGCCCUGGGAAGGCCUGGCCAAAGGAAGUCCACAUAGCGUCAUCAACAUUUUCACAAAAUCUUAUCAGCUAUGUGGGAAAGGAUUUGAGGAACGGUCAGGACAAGGAUCGCGAAUCCAGCACCCUUCACUUCCAGUAAUGAGCCCUCCAGCUAGUAUUGUUUCCUAUGAGGAUGACUUCAUCUCAUCACAGGGCAGUGGAAUGGCGACAGACAAAAAGACUCCUGUUGAGCCCAGUGCUUGCAGCAACAGCCCAAGCCUGAAAGAAGAAUUUAUCAGCAGGAAAUCACCUUAUGAGCUACAAACUAAAGAGUUUAACUACCAUUCCUCAGGCUCUCCAUCUGCCAGCUCUUCUUGUUCAUCUGCAUCUUCUAAAAGAAGAGGGAAAAAGGAAAGGCUAGAAUCUUUUACUGGGGCUUCUCAUGUCUCUUUGCGAGAAGAAAACAAAACUUCUGCAGAAUCAGACCAUAGACUGUCACAGACAAAGAGUUCAGCCCCUAGCAAUGGACUGUCUCAUAGAGAACAAGUGCAGAAUCCAGACUCUGACAACACAUUAGAAGAACUAUCUGGUCACUCCUUGAUGAGUCUCUCAGAUAAACUUAGAUCCCCAAGGACUGCAAGCUCUCCUCAGUCUCCAAAUGGAUCAAAACAAUUGGAUCCUGCCCCUGAAAAGACCAAAUCCUCUUCAAGCCCUCCAACAUCUAUUGCUCCUGCAUCCAAGCCAAAUCUUGCCUUUUCUGGAACCAGCAGGACUGGAGCAGGUGCUGUGAAUGGUGCCAUGCGCUUCUCCCCUGCUGGUCUCCACCAGCGUAUGUCAGCAGAGCUAAACUACCUAUGUACCAUUGAGGAAUCUGUGCGGCAGCUGUCGGAUUUAGAACGCGUCCGGGGCAUUUCGCUUGCACAACAGGAAAGUGUCUCACUGGCUCAAAUACUGAAGGCGCAGCAGCAACGACAUGAGCGGGACUUGGCUCUUCUGAAGCUCAAAGCAGAGCAAGAGGCUUUGGAAAGUCAGAGGCAAUUGGAAGAGACACGGCAGAAAGCGGCUCAGGUUCACGCAGAAUCACUGCAGCAGCUGGUGCAGUCCCGGCAAGAGGCAGCGGAGGCUCUCCAGGAGACUACGUGUAAGAUAGCAGCUCAGCAGGUGGAGGCAGCUCUUCUCACCACAGAUGCUGCUCGGCAGAUCCGCGAGAUGACAGAGCUAGCCCGUGCCCAGAUCUCAGAUGUAAUCAGUGUUCCUGCAGCUCCAGUUACCAUGCUGUUGGACCAAGAACGGAAGCAUCAUCCAUCAUUCAUAAAGAAACUAAAAUCUCAUUCAGAUACAAGCAGGAAAACUGAAUCUGUCACCCCUUCGCCAGAUAAAGAGGAGACGGGUGGCUCAAAGCACCAUUACUCUGCUUCAUUUGAUAGUUAUUCGGAAUCAUCAAGAUCAAAGGCACACGAUCAGAGCAGCAGCAGCAGUCGCCAGGAAAGUCCAUCUGUUCCGUUCUCCAAGGAAACCAAAAAAGCUUCCCGUCGUGAAAAGUCAAACAGUUCCAUCGAAGAAGAGGUUCUGACAGCUGUGAACGAUUCCCUGCAGAGUAAUAGCAUGCUAUCCAUUGCAGAUGAGAGAGAUUCAACUUCUGUUGCAACAGAAUAUUCCCUGAAGUUUGACGAGUCCAUGACAGAAGAUGAGAUUGAAGAAAAGUCCUUCCGGUCGUUGCUGCCUUCUGAGAGUCACCGCCGAAUCAACUUGAAGAAACGAGGUCACCAUGAUUAUUCUGAUGAAGAAGCUCCAGGAAAGCCGGCCUUGUCACCUGUCAAAGAGCUCAGCCUGCCAUUCUCAGGAGGUCAAGACAGUUUUUCCAAAUUCACAAUGGAAAUGGUGCGGCAAUACAUGAAAGAAGAAGAAAUGCGGGCAGCUCACCAGUCCUCGAUGCUCCGACUGCGCGAGAAAGCACUGAAAGAGAAGACCAAGGCUGAGCUAGCCUGGCUGGAGCACCAGAAAAAGCGCUUGAGAGACAAAGGAGAGGAUGACAAGAUGCCGCCUAUUCGAAAGAAGCAGCGUGGCCUGAUCAUGAAGCUGCAGCAGGAAAAGGCAGAAAUCAAGCGUCUUCAGGAGGCUAAUAAGGCUGCCCGGAAAGAGAGGCAACUGAUUCUCAAGCAGCAGGAAGAGAUAGAGCGAAUACGCCAGACUACUAUGAAACUGCAAGAAAAACUGAAAUCUGCAGGGGAAAAUAAGCUGGAGCAUCGCAGUGAGGAUGAUGCAAAACAAACUCAUUCUUCCAGCCCGCUGCCAACAGAUGCAGAGACCUGUAGCCCUUCUUCUGUCUCCAGCAGUGAGACCAGUAGCAUCAUGCAGAAAUUAAAGAAAAUGCGGAGCCGGAUGGAUGAGAAAUUCUUAACAAAGCGAGAGCAGAAACUGAUGCAACGGCGCCAGCAUGCGGAAGAGCUGCUGCAGUGGAAACGCCGCCUGGAUGCAGAAGAAGCAGAGAUACGUCAGAUAGAGAAACAGGCUUUGGCUGCUUGGGACAAAGAACUGCUUGAAACAAAAGCAAACAAAAUAGCAGGAGACCAGAAUGAUCAGAAAGAAACAGCAAGUGAAGAAGAUUCUUCGGUGCCGCCUUGUUCUCGCUUCAACAGUGGAAGCUCUGUCCCCGAAGAACUGGGCAGUCUAGCUGUUGAGUCUGGCCCAUCAAAGGUCUCUGAGGUCCAAGGGCAGCUGGGAAGCCCAGACCACACUACAGUUAUGGAAGAAAUAGUUUAUACACAGGAACUUGAAUCUUCUGCCUCACCUGGAAAACUUUCUCCUUCUAAAAGCAGCACAUCCUUGUCAAAGCAAGGAUCCAGCAAAGGGACCCACAGAACUGGAGGGCAGCAGCAUUUAUCAGUAAAAUCCCAGGAAGUAUCCUAUAGUUGGUCUGAUGAAUCAUUAUCCAUGACCCAGUCAGAAACCACCUCUGAUCAGAGUGACAUUGAAAGCCGAAUCCGGGCUCUGAAGGACGAAUUGCGGAAGAGAAAGUCUGUGGUCUACCAGCUGAAAAAGGAGCAGAAGAAGAGGCACAAAGAGAGGCUGAAAGCCCAGGAGGCUAGCCUGAUCAAACAGUUAGAGACUUAUGAUGAAUUCAUCAAGAAGACUGAAGCAGAGUUGAGUCAGGAUCUGGAGGCAGCACCCACAGCAAAACCACAAAUUAAAACUCCAUCUUCUGUAACAGAGAAACCAAAGAUCAAGCCACCUCCACUCCACAGAUCUGAGACAACGAAAAGUUGGAAAUCACUAACUGAUUCAGAACGUUGCAGGGUGUCACUGGAGUCCAUUGCAGAGCACAUCGAUGCCAUAUCACGUUCCGAGAGAUCUGACUCUUACUACACAAAGAAAUUCAUUGAGGCAGAGAUUCGGACAGAGGAGCAUUUCCAAGCUCCAUCCCCAGUCCUCAAGGCCCCGCAGAAAGCUGGAGUAGAAUCUGGCGAUUCUCUGGAUAAUUUCCCCCCCUUGGCUGUGCUCAAAGACUUAGGAGACUUGAGCAAAGCAUCUCACAUGUCACUGAACACUUCCAGAGAUGCGAUGAGUUGUGAGACUCUUGUUUCCACUAACAGAUCUGUGGUACAAGAGGAGAUAGAUUCUGUAAAAUCAGAAGACUCUGAGCCAAAUGAUACUCCCAAGCUUUUUGGAAGAUCCGAUGCUUCCGCUUUGGAUACUGAGCAAAAGAGUUCCCCACCAGUCUCAUUAAAGACAAACGCUUAUCCUGAGAUUGGCUUGGCUGUUGCUUGUGUUCAGGAUGGAAAGGAGAUCCCAAAGCAGGAGGAAAGUGCUGCGCCAGUUCAAUCCUUUCAAAUGCUGGAUAAGACCUUGCUUUCUGAACAUCUGUCUGCUUGCACAGAGCCACUGGAUUCUAACGGUUUUGAGAGACCUUCAUCAAGAAAACAUAGGUCAGACGAUGGGGCGCUUCAUACUGAAUAUUACAAGGAUGAUUUUGACACCUCUGCGUCCUCUUUUGGAAAAGACUCCAGGUCACAGGGAGACAGAUCAUGGCAUACGAAAACUCCCAGGAGCAGGUCUGCAAGUCUCGGGAGUGACGAGGAAGUAAGUGAAUGUCUCAGUGACAGAGCUCUGUCUGUGGCUUCCAGCAUUCAUUCAGAAAGAUUAUUAAUCCUGAAAUCGCCAACGGAACUGAUGAAAAGUAAAGAGCGCAGUGAUGUGGAGGGAGAAUCAGCUCGUCUUGAUUCUUCACUUCUGGUUUGUUCCUCCAAGACGGAAGAAGAGGAAAAUACCCUACAAGAUUUCAACAUAGGAGACAGAGUCCUUGUCAGUAACGUCCAGCCGGGGACACUAAGAUUUAAGGGCCUGGCCAGUUUUGCUAAGGGGUUUUGGGCUGGCGUGGAACUGGACAAGCCUGAAGGAAGGAACAACGGAACUUAUGAUGGCAUUAAAUAUUUUGACUGUGAAGAAAGACAUGGCAUUUUUGCUCCUCCACAAAAAAUCUCACGGAUUUCCGAGAGUUUGGGUGACCUCAGGGACACAGAGGAGCACCCUUCCUGCAAGUUUCAGCUAGACCACAACCACAAAGCAGAUGAGAAGGACGGAGAGAGUCCCAGAGAAGAAGAGGGGAAGAGUGAGGGGGAAAUUGUGAGUGAGAAAUCUCUCCAGGAUAAAUCCCAGAGAGGCGCGUCUGCCCUAGAGGGUUCCAUAACAGCUGGAGAUUAUUUAGAACUCAGUGCCCAAAAAUGUCAAGUUGUUGCUGCUGUUGAAGAAAUUAUUGCCGAAGAACAGAGCAUUGCAAAUUCUCUGAGGUCCUCAGGAGAUGACAGCAGGCUCUCGGGCGCCUCCCUUUCUGAUGCCCUUAGCAAGACAUCAGCUGUCGCCGAGGAAGGGGCCUUGGACAGAAUCGUCCCUGAAAAAUGGAAGCAGCAGCAGCCAUCUUGGCAGGAAUAUACUGAAAAAUCAGAGAGCCUUUCCCCAGGAGUGUUGGAGAAGUCUGCAACUCCCCUCCUGGACUUGCUCACAAAAGAAAGGAGCCAAUUAGAAGCCCAGCUGAGGCUUCCGUCCCCCGAGGAAGAAGAAUCCAGGGAUCAGCAGGAAAAAGUGGGCUUGCUGACGGACAGCCUCCUGCAGGCCUUUGUGAAGGACACUGUCAGUCAGCUGCAGCAAAUCAGGAAGGUCAGGAACGAGAAGAUUCAGUUCAGCAAUCAAGAACUUGCUGCUGUCCAAGAGCAGAAGUUGGCAGCUGGCGACUUGCAGAGCAUCUUAAGUUCUCAGCUGGAUGAUGGCGAAGAGGUCUCCUCUCCUGACUUGUGUCCCAGACCUGAAAGCCCUGUGUUUGGUGCCAGUGGGCAGGAAGAGCUUGCCAAGAGGCUGGCGGAGUUGGAGCUUAGCCGGGAGUUCCUGAGCGUGCUAGGAGAUGACCAAGAUUGGUUUGAUGAGGACUUUGGCUUGAGUACUCGUAAACUCCCCCCAAAGCAAGCUGAGGAAUCGGCAGUGUUGCCGAAGAUAGAGCCUCCCAAAGUGCCCCCCAAGCCAUGCGAAGAACCCUUAGCUGUCCCACACACCGCAGAGGAGGUGGAGGACUUGGUGCAUGAGGCGGCUGAGGAACUGUGGAAGUGCAAAGAGCUAGGGCGUGAUCUUCAGGCGGCUGGUUUUCCUAGAGAUCAAAGCGAUUGCCUUAAAGAUGAUGACAUUGAAGCCAUCAGCAAACAAAUCUAUAAACAGGCGGUGUUCGAUUUAACAAGAGAGAUUUUUGGAGAAAUCUUUGCUGAAGAUCCAAAUUUGAACCAGCCUAUAUGGAUGAAGCCCUGCAGGAUCACUUCUACUUACUUCCGUCGAGUGAAAGAUCCAAGCAACAUUGAAGAAAUCAAGAGCUUCAUAGCAACCGAGGUGCUAAAGCUGUUAAAUUUGAAAAAGGAGCCAAAUAAUAAAAUGGACUGGCAGAAAAUGAUCAAAUUUGGACGCAAAAAACGUGACAGAGUGGAUCAUAUACUGGUGCAGGAACUGCAUGAAGAGGAAGCUCAGUGGGUGAAUUACGAUGAGGAUGAGCUCUAUGUGAAGAUGCAACUGGCAGAUGGGAUUUUUGAGGCCUUAAUCAGAGAGACAAUUGAUGUCCUUAACCAGAUCAAUGAGAAACAGGAGCGGUUACUGCCCCUGUGACAUCCAGGACGAAUGCCUUUUUUUGUAGCAACGCUGCUGCUGGAGCAUGUUGUGAUCAAACACAGAGAGGAGAGAAGAUACUGUGACAUCUUCCCCCUUUGAUUUUUAGAGACUUUGCCCUGAAUUUGUUCCAAACAGAGGUCAUCCCCUGCCCCCAACUGAUUCUUUAACAGUCUCUUUACAGCCAUUGUACCAUGCAUUACAGCUUCAUUUUGUUACUCCAGAUAUCUCAUAUAAAAUUCACCGUCAGCAGUGGAAACUCAAGUCAUCAAGUAAACAUUGUUCUUUAUUUUAAUAACUGCUGUUCUAAUCCAGCAUUGGCUACAAGUCAGUAACUUUGUUAACCACUGUAAUGAUUUAUCCUGUGUUUGAAACCACACAGGUCUCCUUCCCUUCCCUUCAGUCCUGUUCUGUUUCUCAUUCAUCUUCAUCUUUCCGUCACAACAUGUGGGCCAGGAGAUUGUCACUGAAUUAACGUGAGGGAAGCUGGGUGAAUCUUGCACUGCCUCUGGGCAGAAUGUGAAGAGCAGCCGGAAGGGCGAACCUGAGGCAAACAGUCCUACUUUUCCAGUGUUUUAGUUUCUCUCCCAACGAGCCACCAGCUGCCCCUAAGUGAAUGUGUACUCAGGAUUUCUCAGGCCCUUGACCCGCAGGUGUUGUUCCUGGGAGACCUUCGAUCUCGUUCCUUCUCCUCUUGCUUUCCCGCCUGGGGUAACGUGCAGGCAGAGCCACGACUUGAACGUGUUAUGGCUAGGAGUGUGUGUACCAAAGACAGCAUGACUCGGGGUUUGUUUUUGUACGCAUGCGGAAUUUCUUUUUAACUUAUUUUAUAAUUUGUCUGUUGGAAAUACACGUCUAGCACUACACCGGCUGCACUAAGACUGAAAAUGCUGGAAAUCUGGGAAGGGUGGCUGUAUUAGGAUCGUCUCUGUCCUGUGAACAUAGAGGUUCAGAGGCUUGGGGGAGCGGGGGAGGAAUCCAUCUCUGAGAAAGGGGAAGCUGCGAAGAGUCAUGCAUGUUUUCCACUGUGGGGCAAAAAGAGUGGCACAGGGGCAUGGACAUGCGGAGAGAGAGAGAUCACCUGAAAUGGAUUGUAGAAACGUAGCGUCAUCAUCCCCCACCCCCAAGUAUUUCGCACCAGUGAUUCUUUGGUUAGGACACAGCCACUGUGAGGCACUGUACGGAGAAGGCCGAGCAGACUGCAAGAGUAUACGGAUAAUCUAGGCUUGAAAGCUGAUGCCUUAAUCAGAAAUCUGGUUUACUUGACAUGACCAAACCAGGGCAAUUUUCCAAAUCACUUGUCUUAGUUUGGACACAGCGCUCCACGCUCCAGCACGGGAGGAAGCCCUCCAGAGGCUACACAACCCAGGAGAUGUUCCCAGGAAGAGCUGUGCCCUCUUCCUUCCCAUCUCCUUGAGGUCCUUGGACUUCCAGCUCGGCUUACCUCUGCCAGUACUGCUUUUCCAAGCCCUUUUCUUUUGAAACCUUUCUGUGAUUCAUUUGUCUUUUGCAUCUUGACCUACUACCCAGAUGGCUUCUCGCAUAUAGGAGCAGCGGAGAAAACGCUACCAAAUGAAAAUAAUCUCCAUUGUGGUAUUGCUAGUAUCUCAUCUGGUGGCUUGUCACGUCUAGGGAAGCUAAAGGAUGAAAGACAGAGAAGAAUUAAUGCUUCUUAGAACACCCAGCACAUUGGCCUGGGAGUAUUUCCCCCCUUCACUGUGUCAGAGCUAGGUGCCAACAAUGUCUUUCCUUUAAAGAAAAAAAUCUGGAGGAGCAAAUCACUGCUGCUAAUUAAGAAUAUCUCUUCAUGCUGAAUCUCAUGUAUGUUUUAAACUCCUGAAGAAAAGCUGCUUUAAAAAAAAAUAACAGACAAAAUGCCAUUAAUGACAGUGUCUUAGAUUUUAAUAAAUCUGGGCUAGCCACUGUUGUGAGCAGCCUAGAUGAACUUGCUUGAAUUGGGGGACUACCCCUGCACAACCUGUUUAAACAGGUAACUGUAUAAAUGGCGCAUCACAGUUCCCGAGGUUACCAGAAACAAUAGCAAUAGCGGCUUUAAAGCGAGCAGCGUGCUGUCACCUUGAGCCUAAAGUUCUGUGAACGGCCAUCUCAUUCUCUCGAGGUGUAGAAAGUGCUGUAGAGAUCUUCCUUGUGAAACCAUAAAAUCCAGCUGAUUUGAUUGAGCACAACUUUGGUGGUCAGUUGAAUCCUUCAUAACCCUAUGUAGAAAACAGCUUGCUUAAGUUUUUUGUACGGGCAUUGGAUUAUUUUCAUUGCAGGUCAUACAGUGCCGAAGUCAGAUCCGGGAUGUUCUUCUAAUCCAUUUUGCAGACACAGGGUAUGAAAAAACACGUUGUGAGAAUGCAGUAGGAUGCCUUUUGCCUCCACCCUCGGAGAAGGUUCUUGUAUUUGUAUCUAUGUGGAAAUGUACGGUAUAUGUUAACUGGUUAACAUGUGCCUGGGAGAGAUUUGCCAGCUCCAUUGUAAGAGCUUGCCUGUUAGCGAUCAAGACGCCGUGAUGUUUUCAGAAUACUUUUCACCAGGGCUUUUUUUGUAGCAAGAACUCCUUUGCAUAUUAGGCCACACACCACUGAUGUAGCCAGUCCUCCUGGAGUUCACAGUAGGCCCUGGAAUAAAAGCCCUGAAAUCUCUUGGGAGAUUGGCUACAAUCGGGGUGUGGCCUGGUAUGCAAAGGAGUUCCUGCUACAAAAAAAGCUCUGCUUUUCACAUGCAUGUAGAUGUGGGAAUGGCUGUCCUCUGCAUAACAAGAAAGAGAACUUUUAACUUGGAAUCCCUUGGAGACAAGGGGGCAUCGCCCUUUUGCAUCUCGGAGCAGGGUGGGUUGCUGAAGCAGCACACAAGAGCCCUGAAUUAAUAAAACAGAUGGACAAAACUGAUGUUCUCUUGAGACUGCAGUAUUCACACUGGAGAGAACAUGGAGGGGCACAGGGAUUUUGAGCCUGAAAGUGAGGAAUUGUUUACAGCCUAGCAAGAUUAUUUGUGCCGCCGUUCUACUAACUGCAGAAGACCAUCAGCGUGCAUGCAAAAGAAAUGGGUGAUGCAAUUACCAAUAGCAGUUCUUCCUGUAGAAUUGUUUGUGAUCUACCAAUGUAGUCCCCCAAGAACAUUUACUGGCCUAACCUCCAUGUAAGCGUGGGGCAGAUUAUUUCAAAGGAAGCUUUGACCAGUAAAAGUUCCCGAUGGAUUAUGCCAGGUGGACAUCGGAAUGCUCUUACUUUUCAGGAAGCAGAAUAACAGCAGCAUGAUUUCUGACCUGUUGGGUAAGGUGGAGGGUGGGAAGCGAACCCCACUGUGUUCUCUUGGAUCCUCUUUGAAAACGUGGCCUUAACAUUUUUGCAAUACUUGAAUGGAAGUGUGUAUUUGCAAAAGAAAUUAAGUAGCACAGUGUUCAGAGACCAUUGAAGUAACUGCACCGCAGAUUUUUUCGAAUCAUUUUUGCUACCUUAAGAGACUCGAUUGCUUAUUUUCCAGCAGCAAAAACAAGUUGACACUUACGAAAUGUUCUUUGUAAAUUGUAGGAUUUUUAAAAUUGUUUACCAAAAAACGCUUUAACAUUGAUAUGCGAAACUCUUGACAAACUUAUUUGAAUUCUAACAUGUAGAAAUGCAAAAAAAAGAUCAAAAAGUGGUACUGUAGUACACCAGAAUAAUUAGGACAUUUUCCUUGAUUUUUUUUUUUUUGCAGAGACUUUUGAUACACAUUUGCAAAGCUGUCUUGGGGAGACUUUCCCUGUGUACUGUAUUGUGCAGAGACUCAAUUGCUCACCAUGUGUGUGCAUGUGUGUGUGUGUGUGUGCGUGUGUUAAGAAUAACUUUGUCAAACUGGUUUUCUGGCCAAUUUCAGCCAAUAGUCACACACCCCUGUGUAGCACGGCUCCUUAGAUUACAGGGUGUAAGGUUUUCUUGUAAUUAUGACCUGUAAAAUAACCAGGGUAGGUCCCUGUGUACACCAGUGUAAAUAUCUUUGUUAAUUUGAGAUGUACUUUAAAAUAAUAAAAUCUGUAAAUAAAUUGAUUUAUAAAUUA